AUGGAGCAUGUUGAAGCUUUGGCAGAAGGGGAAUGGAGUUCUUUCAGUGGAAUCUUCUCCACAGAGGAGUCUGAUUUCAUGGCACAGUUGCUUGGUAACUAUUCCAUUCCCAACGAUCAUGAAGCCGGAUCCACGUUAAGCCUAGGAAUCCCAUCAACGAUUUGGCCUGAUCAUGAAGCCAAUAGUUUAAUCAGCUGUUACCCUCAAGGGAGUAGCUAUAGCAGUGGUAGUAGCAGUCUCUUAAUCCCUGCCACUUCCGGCCACCACCACCAUCACCAUGGAAACUACUACUUGAGCCCUUCAAAUCCAAUUUUGGUGUCCAAUAGCAGCUCCAUGUCCAUGGAUCUUUCUAUGGUGAUUGAGCAUAAUAAUAACUGCUCACCCCUUCAGGUCUUUACUGAGAACCCAAUGGAAGAAGCUUCUUACUUCAAUGAGGAGAUGAGCAGUGAUAGCCUGCGUGAAUCUGGUGCAUCCCCAGAAGCCCACAUUAAUGCUUUUGGUGGGAAAAAAAAUCAACUGAAGAGGAAACUUGAGAUGCCAGAACCAGUUCAUGGCAAUGCAGAUGACAAAAUGGACACCAACCAAUCUGACUAUGGGAGGAAGAAAUCUCGGGUUUCAGGAGAGGUCCAAAGGAAGAAGAAUGUGCAAUCAAAGAAGAACCAGAAGAUGAACCUAAUUAGCAGCAAUGAUGAAGAAGAGAUUAAUGCAGCUACAAAUGGGCAAAGUUCAAGCAGUAAUGACUGUUCUGAGGAUGACUCCAAUGGUUCUCAGGAGCUAAACGGAGGAGGACCAACUACUUCAACCUCCAAAGGCUCUGUAGCUCUCAACAUGAAUGGGAAAACAAGAGCCAGUAGGGGUUCAGCAACAGAUCCCCAAAGCCUCUAUGCUAGGAAGCGAAGAGAAAGAAUAAACGACCGGUUGAGAAUCCUACAAAAUCUUGUCCCAAACGGCACAAAAGUUGAUAUCAGUACAAUGCUAGAAGAAGCUGUACAGUACGUGAAAUUUUUGCAGCUCCAAAUCAAGCUCUUAAGCUCUGAUGAUCUAUGGAUGUACGCUCCCAUUGCUUACAAUGGAAUGGACAUUGGGCUUGACUUGAAGAGAUGA